AUGGCGCUGAUCGUACCCAGUCACUUCUUCUCGCGCGGGUUACUCGCUGCGUGUUUCUUCGUCAUGCUCCUGUCGGCAGCAAUUGACCAGUAUCCAGGUGAAAUCGAGCCCCUCCCGCUUGACUUCGACUACGAUCUCCGUACGUUGGCCCAGGAAAGUCGGUACAACGAGACAGCGGUGUUAGUGCGCAACAAGGAGCUCUUCCAAGCGCCCAACUUGGAGACCCUGUUCACGAACGUAGCACUGAGUGCAGAAGACUUGGCCGUGAGUUCAGACGGCGCUGCAUACGUCGGGUUGGCGGACGGACGUCUCGCGAGCUUUGACGUUGAAGCCAACGAACUGCGGAACUUCUCUCGCACAGGACAAGAUGUUCCUGGAUGUGGAACAUUGGACAUGGAACCGACUUGUGGACGGCCACUCGGACUCGCGUUUGCUGCUGCGCGUCCUUUCGCCAAGUUCAUCCAGCGGAUUCCAGCCGCCCAGUUGUUUCCAGAAGACUUUGUGCUGCUCGUGGCCGACGCUUACAAGGGCGUGUUCCUUUUUGAUGCCAAUGGGAAGCGCACGCUGCUCUUCAGUCGCGUGGGCGAUCAGCACGUGAACUUCCUCAAUGGACUUGCUGUCGUGCAGGAGACGGGCGAGAUUUACGUGACCGAGUCGUCUCGUCGCUUCCAGCGCAAUCGAGUGGUGGUCGACUUUUUAGAACGCCGACCAUCGGGGUAUUUGCUGCGAUUUGAUCCACGGGAUGUCAGCGUGCACGUGGAGGCGAGCGGGUUGGGAUUCCCAAAUGGUCUGACACUUGAUAAAGAGGGCUCUGGGCUACUGAUUGCACUCAUGUUCCAGAACAAGAUUGUGCGUUUUGAUCGAGCGACCCAGCAGAUCAAGGACUUUGCUUUUUUGCCGGGUGAACCAGACAACAUUUCGAUUGAAAAAGUGGGUGCAGGAGAAAACGAGACGGAUGUGCUGUUGGUGGGACUCGUGUCACGAGACGAUGGUGGAAGCUUCAGUUACAUCAAGCAGAGCGUCAAACUGCGCAAAAUGCUAUCGCUACUGCCAACGUUGAUGACGGUACUUUUCAUCCAUCGUCUUGGCGUGUUUGCCUCUGUAAACUUGGAGACGGGUGAUAUUCGGCACGUGUACGAAGCCUCGCAAGGGCAGAUACCGAUUAUUUCGGGUGCUAAGCGUUUCGGCGACCAUAUCUACUUGACAAGCUGGUCCCGUCCUUCGAUCGCGCGCAUCCCAGCAGCAAUGGUGCAGUAA